CAAGCCACAACAGCAAAUGCUACAAGAUCCGUCAGUUUAUUAUCAGCAACAACAACAACGUCCGUCUACUUCACAGCAACACUGGCAGUACCAAGAAUCUCAUAUUCCAAUACAGCACCAGCAGGAGCAGCAAGGGGAACAAUUGACUUCAGAAUCACCGCAAACUGAAGAAAUGAAGCACAUUAAAGGGCGUGGUGAUCGUGAAAGAUGUACACUCUCAUCGGAAAUGCAAAAGAUGUAUAUUGAUCAAAUACCCAGUAGAUGCACUACAGGUCAGAGUGGAAGAAAAAUCACUGUAGAAACAAACAUGUUCAGACUUCUAUUUAAACCAACUUUUGAAACAUGUAUUGUACAUUAUGAUGUGGUCUUUAAUCCAGACAAACCGAAGUUUUUGUUGAGAUCAGCCUUUGAACAAUAUAGGAAUAAACAUUUUACCAAUAGAUACCCAGCAUUUGAUGGGAAUAAGAAUGCUUACAGCGCAAAAGAACUUCCUUUCGGUGAUCAAAGUGAAGAAGAUGAGGUGACAGUUUUUGAUGUUGGAGGUCAAAGAAAUCAUACUUUUAAAGUACAUCUGAAGAAAGCAGCAGUUCUUGAUUUGACAUGGUUAAAAGAUAUGAAAUAUGAUUCCAUAUCAAUUCAAAGUCAACAGAAAUAUAUACAAGCUUUAGACAUCAUUCUAAGACAUGGAACAGAGCGUAAUGCUGUUCCUGUGGGCAGAUCAUUUUUCUAUGAACCGCAACCUGGCAGA